AUGGCGCGCGCGUCUUUCCACGCCUUCGCCCGCCUCCCCGCCGAGCUCCGGCAUCAAGUAUACAUGGAGCACCUGCGUCCCCUGAACCCGCCCACCGUGUACCUGUACAGCAAGAACCUCGUGCUGCGGUACCUGGACCCGGAGGGCGAGGACGAGCGGUACGCGGGGAUAUCCCACGAGCCGCUCGUGCAGGUCAGGAUACCGGCGCUGGCGCACGUCGACGCCGAGGCCCGCGGGGCGACCAUGUCGUGGGCGCGCUCCGAGGGCAUCUCGCUGCGGUUCCGGAGGGAAACCAACGGGCACGUGUUCUGCCGGCGCUGGGACCCGGCCCGCGACGCGCUCUACGUCUCCCGGGACAAGUGGGAGGAGUUUUGCGAGCUGCCGUGGGAGUCGGCGGGCGUGGAGGGCAUGGCCUCCUCGGUGCGGCACCUGGCGCUGCCUGCCUUCACGGCCUACUACAGCUUCGGCGAGCUGGGGGGCUACCUGAUGUCGUGGUUUACGGGGCUCGAGGUGCUCAGCUCGGUGUGGGGGGGGCUGCCCGACCUCGCGUACUCGCGGACCAGGACGGUUCCGGGGACGCGGAGGCGGACGGGGACGGGGACGGGGACGGACGACGACCGCACGGACACGGACACGGACACGGACACGGGCGUUGAUCCCGUCACGGGCGACUGGGAGGAGCGUAUUGCCGCCGAGGUCCAGCCCGUGUGGGAGCUGGUGAGGGAGACGGGCGACGUUGUCGACAUGUGCGUCAAGGACCCGUUGGACGGGACCGAGAGCUUGGAGAGGGGCGAGCUGGGCGUUUGGAUGGACGAGCUGACGGAUGCGUUUUUGACGGUCGAGCUGCCGGACCAUGUGUAUGAUGUGGAAGAGGAGAAGUUUCUGGUUGAGUUUCGGCCGGUCAGGGCGGUCAGGGGCUAA